AUGUCGUACUACGGAAACGGCCAGAACUACUACAACCCCAACAUCCCUCACUCCAAUGUGGGCGCGCCGGGCCAAUAUCAGGAUCCCUACAACCGCCGCACGCCAAGCCAAGACAAUGGCGAUGCCGCGAAUGGAGCGCCCGCUGGCUACGGGCACCUCCAGCAGCUCGACAGGCGCAACAGCAUAGCCGCCCGCCAGAACGACGAGCUAUUCAUCGGCGCAAACAGCUCCCCGCAGCUAUCUCAGGGUCCAAUGUCGCCUACCGCGGGCGGAUAUGGUGGUAGUUAUGGCUACCAGCGGUCGUCACAGCAGGCAUACAAUCCCCAGAACUACAACACGCAGCCCCUAGCUCUGCCCAACCCUCAGCAUUACGGCGGUGUCAGCAACAGGACAUUCGCGCCCCCCGUUUCCGUGUCGGCUUCCCACCAGCCAUACAACCCAGCUGCCUACGCCGAUAGCAGCAUUGCGACUACCAACUCCGCACCUUAUGGUGGCUUCUCGCCCACUUCUCCGACCGCCUCAUACCAUUCUCCUUCAAUAUACCAGAACUCUCAAUUUGGGAGAGCACCCUCUGUUCAGAGUCGCGCGUCAGCUUACACGGCACAAGCGCCACCACUACUGCCAGCCCCUCCAGCGAGCGCGCAAUCUGCUGGUGACGACUGGGGCACUUACCCGAAUCGACGGCCCUCGAACGCAUCCUCUGGGUAUUAUUCAUCCAACGCCUCGCAUGCCCCACUCCCCUCUCCACCGGGUUACGAUACCGGCUAUGGCUCACAGCGUGGUGAUAGAUAUACCUCCAUGUCCGGCGCUGCCCUCCCAUCUACGCCCGAGGUCCCUCUACAUGGCUCACCCCAGAGAACAAACACAGUAUCCUCGCGACCGCUACCCCCGCCGCCCCACGAGUCCGAUAGUGACGAAUACUUCUCACCGCAGAACGGAGGCUAUCAAGAUGAAUUGUUCAACGACGUUAUGAAUAUGACCGGUGCCCAGGUUCAACAACCAAAUGGCCAGUACUACAGCGAGUCCUCAGGCAGGAACGGUACAAACGGCGUGCAACCUGGACGCGAAACCUACGCCAGUGAUGAGAGCGAUGUGGAAGCAGCUGCUGGUCUGGCUGCACUUCAGAUGGCCGAGGAACAAGACAGAGCAGAUGAAGCUCGUAGGGCUAGUGGCGGCACCGGGCUCUUCAGCAACUACACAUCCUUGCAUUCUCCUCAGAUGCCCACCGAACCGAUGCGACAGGAGAGCGCGAGCGAUAGCGACUAUGUGGGUAUGGACGUGGGUACAUACGGCGGCGGAUUCACGCCAUCUUUCAACUAUGGCGGAGAUCCAAGCCAGCUGGCAGCGGGAGGAAGUCAUACAGCAUCAACCUCAGGUUCGCAACGACGGUCCGACCCUCCCAACGACGACUACGACCCGAUCCACCCCUUCCCAUCCUUCUCGAGCAACGCGCGCGUUGACACAUUCGGUACCGGUGGUCUGGAAGAGCCCAGCGCACGACGGCGGAGCUACGAUGAGGGCGAUGAGGUCACACUCAUGGAUAGCGCAUCUGCCAUGUCUGGCUCUACUCUCAUGGGUCCCUCAGCGGUGAUGCCGGGUGAGCCACCGGAUAUGUUCUAUCACCCGGGCAUUUCGAACCGACCUCUGCCACCACCUCCAGUGAACACCGGCAGAGGCAGCAGACUGAACCACCAAAGCAAUAGCUCAACUGGCUCCGGGUCCUACGAGUACUGGCGUAACGCUCCGACUACGCAGCGUUCUUACCCGGUGGACGCAAACGCCAUGCACAUGAUAUCUCCUACCGGAGCUCCUGUUCCCCGCUCAACUUCUCUUCUACAGCACAGCAACGCUCGGGAUGCCAUCCCCUUGCCGCGAUCAAAGACAGACGCCGAACAGGGAAACAGACCUCGAGCUGCUGGCAACCGGAAUACCUUCUAUGGCGGUGCCAUGGACAGUGACGGCAAUACCCUUACCCCUGGCAGCGCUGAAGCCGUGGCCAUCGACCUACCCACCAUCCCAGCUGGCAAGCGCUUCAACCCCGCUAAGCUUUCUACCAUUGACUUCAAGAAAUGUACUGAGCCUUGGGCACUUAGCUCGAUCAUUUCAUGGCUUAAGAGCAUGACCGAAGGCGAGAACGAUCUCAAAGAAGGCCCAAUACAAGAAGGUCUCAUCGCGCUCUUCACUCACAAGGUCCCCACCAUGAACAUUGCGGAUGCCGAGACACUAAGUAGUCGGGUGGUAGCUGAGAUGUACAAAGCAGGCACACUGGUGCAUGAGGAAGAGUGGCUAAGAUUCUCAACCGCAAGUAUGACUGGUGUGAUAUUCCAGCUUACCGGGGCGGGAUGUUAUGCGCCCAUGUUGCACACACAUGCAAGCUCAGGUCGAUGCUAUUCGCACCAUUGCCAACGGACACUCAAGAAGAUUGACCUACACGCCCCAUCCGCCGCACCUCGAUCAGAAGAUUGGGCUACGUUCUACAAGCUGAAGAAGGAAGACAUUGAAGGGGCAAACAAGAGAGAGAUCGAGCGUCAAAACAUUCUGCAUGAGAUUGUCCAGGGUGAGGAUAAAUACAUGAAUCGACUAGAUGUGUUACGGCAUCUGUACCGCGACCGACUGCAAUCAGCUCAGCCUCCAGUUAUUUCUCCCAAGAAGCUUGACAGAUUCAUUCGCGACGUGUUCAGCAAAGUAGAUGCAGUACGAAAAGCGAACGAAGACCAUCUCCUUCCACAGAUAAAGUACCGACAACAAGAGCAAGGACCAUGGAUUGUAGGUUUCAGCGACAUUUUCCGAGAGUGGAUCCGAAAAGCAAAGCAGGCAUACAUCGAAUACGCGGCAGCUUUCCCAUACGCAUCUUUCCUUGUCCGACAGGAAGCUGACCGAAACAUACUGUUCCGCACCUUCUUGGAUGACGCCCAAAAGCACAAGCUAUCGGAGAAACUUGGAUGGGAUACUUAUCUCAAGGGCCCUAUCGACAGAUUGCAGCGUUAUGGUCUUCUCAUAGACACUGUGAUUAAGUACUCGACCGUGGAUAAUGAGGAGAAACGGAACCUUCAGGUCGCCAAGGAAGAGAUCAAAGCUGUUACCUUGGAGUGUGACAGUCGUGUAGCGGAGAUGAGCCGGAAAGUUAGUCUUACCGACCUGCAGGCUAAGCUUAUAUUGCGCCCUGGUAUGCAACGAGUGGAGCUCAAUCUCGAUCACCUGGGACGAGAACUCAUCUUCCGAGGCGAUCUGCAAAGAAUGGGAGGCAGCCGUUUCAACUGGCUCGAAACUCACGCAUUGCUCUUUGAUCACUACCUCGUACUUGCCAAGACAGUCUCCUUCCGAGAAGCGGACGGCGUCACCAAGUCCGAGAAGUACGAUGUGUCAAGAUUGCCGAUUCCCAUGGACCUACUGGUGCUCGAGAGCGAAGACGAUGACCCCGUUGUGCGCUCUACUAUGAAGGGUAUCUCUACGGUUACUACUGUCUCUGGCCGAGUUGGUUCUGGGGUUGCGACACGUAUCAACAACACCCCCGUACCUGGCGGCCUACAACACACAACCACUUCCAACUCACUUGGAUCGACCAACACUAGCGGUUCCGGCAAAACCAUGGUCAACACCACGUCAAACGAUUCCGCAAAAGAUGAGAAGAUCUUGUAUCCUUUCCGGGUAAAGCACUUGGGCAAGGAGACUUACACGCUGUAUGCGCCAUCAGCGUCUAAUCGUGCAGAGUGGUGCGACAAGCUCAUCAUUGCGAAGACGCGGCAUGCAGCUGCACUCUUCGCCCAAAAUGCCGAACCUUUCAAGUUACGGGUCAUGGCUGACGCAGCCUUCGCAUACGACAGCGCUAUGCCAUCUCAACGAGCUAUUACUAUCAAGGGGACGCCACUGGAUCGUGCAGUCGACGAGGUGGAGAAGCUUUUUGUCAACGUCGGGCGGCCUGUUCCCAUUUGCCGCGCACGAGUGAACUGUGCGACAGCCUUCAGCCAGCCCUAUGGCAAGCACAUGGUAGCCGUCGGUACAGACAUUGGGGUUUACGUGUCGGAGUUUGAUAAUCCUAGAGGAUGGUCAAAGGCAAUUCAAGUACCACGUGUAACACAGAUUGCUGUCCUCGAACAGUUCAGCUUGAUGCUGCUCAUCUCCGAUAAAGCACUCAUUGCGUACCAUCUCGAUGCCGUAUGUCCAGUCAGUGGUGUGGCUCCCUCAAACGAUUCUACACGACGAGCACCUCAGAAAUUAUCAGGCGCACGCGAUAUCGGCUUCUUUGCUACCGGCGUCAUGAAAGACAGAACCCUGGUAUUCUAUAAGAAGCGCGACGGUAUUUCAUCCACCUUCAAGGUUCUCGAACCUGUCUACCAAAAGUCAACCGAGAAGAAGUCCAGGAUAUGGAAGUCGGGGCGCACUGAAUUCUUCCGCGAAUACGACGAGUUCUACAUCCCGGCCGAGUGCUAUACGAUCAAUCUCUUCCACUCAUCGCUCGCAAUCUCCACAGCCAAGGGCUUUGAGGUACUCACUCUCGACAAAAAGCAACCAUGGUCCGUUCCGGAUCUGAAGCAAUCGCACGUUGCCACCAUCGCGUCGCGUCUACAGAACCAAGACCCAUUGGGUAUGUUCCGUCUCUCCGAUCAGGAAUUCCUUCUCUGCUACGAAGAGUGCGCCGUGUACAUCAACAAGAACGGUGAUAUUUCGCGAUCUGUCAUCAUGGAGUUUGUCGGAAAAGCCAAGUCUGCCGCCAUGUACGGCCCAUACGUGCUCCUAUUUGACCCAGACUUUGUCGAGAUUCGUAAUGCGCAGAACGGUCGUCUACGACAAGUCAUUGCUGGACGCGACGUCAAGUGUCUAGACGACGGGCUCAGCGGAGGCUCAAGCCACAACAGGACAGUCAAACUGAGUUUACAGCAUCCGCAACAUGAGAGGAGUCAGGUUGUUGUCGAGCUUGUGCUCAAUGAGGGACAGAAGGAGUAA